ACAACGACUACGAAUAAAAAGACUUUGCAGGGCGCCCUAGGGAACGAUGGUCGACAACACCAAGAAAAGAAAGCUGGCAGCAGCAGCACCAGCAACACCAGCCAUAGCAGCACCUUCCAAGAAGCGAAGAAAGGGUGCGGUCGGACAGAAGAAGGGCAUACCAGCAGCACCCGCGAGACCAAAGCGAGCCGUCGACGCCAACAAGCUGCCAUGGAAGGCCGUCGAUAUCCCCGAGAUGUUUGACGAUGCCGAGGGUUUCUUCGGUCUAGAGGAAGUCACGGGUGUCGAUGUCGUGCGCAAUGGCAACACGAUCAAGUUUGUGGCCGCCGUGGACCCCGAAGUGGACGGUGAAGAGUUCCAAGGCUUCGACGAUAAUGAGCCCGAACCCUCUGAGGAACCGAGCAAGAAUGGAGACGCGCCUAAACAAUCCGAUGCUGAAGUAAAUCCAAAAUCGAAUAAAGCAGUCAAGACGGACAAGAAACAACAAGAGGCAAAAAAUGACAAGAAGGAGAAGAAAGCGAAGAAGACAGCGAGAGCAGCGCCGUCCAAGGCUGAUUCGGAGCUGGAGAGCAAUGUGUUUACCACUGAGGGCGGUGCGGCGGCAGAUGAUUCUGCCGAGGAUAUUGACAUGUCCGCCUGGGUACCUCUCGACCUGUCGCCCCGAAUGGUCUCGUCACUCGCAAGGCUGAAGUUUACCAAGCCAUCCGACAUACAAGCAGCUGCGAUACCGAAGAUCCUCGCCGGUCACGAUGUCAUUGGAAAAGCCUCCACAGGAUCCGGAAAGACGCUGGCAUUUUCGAUACCGAUCGUGGAGGCUUGGUUGUUAAGACAAGAGGAGGGCGUUGCUGAGAAUGAUAGGUCACCAGUCGGCUUGAUCAUGUCACCGACCAGAGAGCUGGCCCAUCAGCUCACGAACCACAUCAAGGAAUUAUGUGCCGGCCUGCCUACUGCACCGUAUGUCUGUUCCGUCACUGGUGGCUUGUCAGUGUUGAAGCAGCAGCGCCAACUGGAAAAGGCAGACAUUGUGGUUGGAACGCCGGGUCGUCUGUGGGAAGUCUUAAGCUCGAGCACUGCGCUAUUGGACUCGUUCAAGAAGGUCAGCUUCCUGGUGGUAGACGAGGCAGAUCGGCUUCUCACGGAAGGACACUUCAAGGAAGCCGAGGAUAUCCUGCAGGCAAUUGAUAGGAUUACGGUGGACGAGGAGGACGACGAACCCGAGCUGUUUCCAAGGCAAACACUCGUCUUCUCUGCUACCUUCAACAAGGGGCUCCAGCAGAAGCUGGCUGGCAAGGGAAAGUUCGAUUUGAUGAGCGAUGCGCAGUCUAUGGAGUACCUCCUGAAGAAGCUCAACUUCAGGGAAGAGAAGCCAAAGUUUGUCGACGUGAACCCGGUUUCGCAGAUGGCUCAGGGACUCAAGGAAGGCCUGGUGGAAUGUGGUGCAAUGGAGAAGGACCUCUACCUUUACUCCUUACUACUCUUGCAGUCCACACAGCGCACUUUGGUCUUUACAAAUUCUAUCAGUGCCGCCCGACGCCUUGUACCCAUGCUGCAAAACCUCAAUCUCCCCGUCCAUGCCCUACACUCCCAGAUGCCUCAAAAGGCCCGACUCAGAUCCGUUGAGCGCUUCACGGGCGCGAAACCUGGAACAGCAUCCAUUCUGAUCGCCACAGACGUAGCUGCUCGCGGUCUCGACAUUCCGGGCAUCGACGCCGUCAUUCAUUAUCACGUCCCACGCGCCGCCGACGCUUACGUCCACCGCUCCGGCCGCACGGCAAGAGCAGACAAGUCUGGUCUCAGUGUCCUGCUCUGUGCGCCCGAAGAAGUGGUUCCCACGCGAAGGCUGAUUGCCAAAGUGCACGCCUCAGCCAAGUUGCCCUCGGGCGCCAAAAAGACCGACUUCUUUGUGCAGACCAUCGACCUCGACCGGCGCCUUGUGAAUCGCUUAAAGGAGCGCUUGACCUUGGCAAAGAAGAUUGCCGAUACGCAGCUUGCGAAGGAGAAGGGCAGCAAGGAGGACGACUGGAUGAAGAACGCGGCGGAGGAGCUGGGUGUUGACUAUGACAGUGACGACAUGGAGCAAAUGGGCAAGUGGGGCGGCCGAGGCAGCGGUAGGAAGGCGAAGCAGGACGAGGCGAGAGGACUGUCCAAGGCAGAGGUUGGUGUCUUGAGAGCGCAGCUGAAGCAGCUUUUGUCCAAGAGAGUCAAUACUGGCGUCAGCGAGAAGUACAUCGCCGACGGCACCGUCGAUAUGGACGAACUGCUCAGGGGUGCCAAAGGAGAUUUCCUCGGCAAGGUUGAUGGCCUUGAGCUCGACGACUGAGUUCCUCAGCUCACGUAAGAAGCGAUUAUUAUUCAAACUCGUUUAUCAUAUACC